AUGAUCUAUUUUACUCAGACUGCGAACAUCGUAGGUUCAGGUGCCUUAACGACACAUAUUACGACUGUUUUGGGUAGCCCAAGCGACGGAGUAUGGUUCACCCAGGUUCUUGCCAUCCUAACUGCGAUUCUCAGCAUCCCCGUUACCCAGGCAGCGGAUUUAUGGGGUAGAAAGAUUUUCCUGGUCAUACUGACUACCUGUGGCUGUAUUGGCAGCAUCGUUGUCGCUCGCGCAAACGGGAUAGGCGCCGCCAUCGCGGGUUUCGCUAUCACCGGCCUUUCAUUCGGCGCCCAACCACUCCUCCAUGCCGUCAGUUCCGAAAUUCUAGCCCGCAAGUAUCGAUCGUUCGCCCAGGCUUCAGUCAAUGUCGCAUCUGCUCUUGGUGCCAUCGUAGGUCUUGUGGUGGGCGGUGCGCUCACGCGGACUUCUGACGCUGGUUUUCGAGUAUACUGGGGCAUCAUCGCCGGUAUAUAUGCUGUAACGGCAAUAAUCUGCCAACUGUUCUAUAAUCCGCCUCCAAGAAAAUUGCAGUUUGAGCUUACCUGGAAGGAAAAAAUUAGACGCCUUGACUGGAUUGGAUACUCUAUUCUAGCUCCGGCUUUGGUUCUCUUCUGCAUUGCCCUUUCCUGGUCACAGAAUCCCUACCAAUGGGCAAAUACUCAUGUGCUGGUUCCAUUCAUCCUCGGGAUAGUGCUUGUGAUUGUGCUUGUCAUCUAUGAGAUAAUUGUUCGGAAAGAUGCCAUGUUCCCCCAUGAUCUGUUCCGCCACCGAAACUUCCCCAUAGCCUUGGGCUGUGUUUUUGCGGAGGGUAUUGUUUUCUUCUGUGGAAAUAACUACUUCGCUUACGAAGUUAGCGUUCUUUUUUUCACAGACAGCCUUAUUACUGGAAUCCACUAUGCCAUUGCAUUCAUUGCGUUUGCGAUAUCCUCCCUUUUAACGGCUUUAUGGUCAUCGAGAAUCAAAAAGGUCCGCAUCCCAUGCGCUACCGCAUAUGGCACUUUUGUUAUUUUCAAUAUCUUGAUGGCCACUGUGUCGCCUUCCGUCUCAGAAGCUCAGAUAUGGGUUUAUCCGCUGUUUCUCGGGACUGGGCUUGGAAUGUGUUUAACAACCCUGAUGACGGCAGCACAAUUUGCAACGCCUCGUGAACUCAUAGCCAUCACCUCCGGGCUCAUGAUAUCCGUUCGAAGCCUUGGCGGAGCUGUGGGAUUAGCUGUCUACAACGCAAUCUUUUCUAGUGGAUAUGCCUCAAAUUUGCCACGAGAUGUUGCCAAUGCGGUCCUUCCUCUGAACUUCCCGGAAUCGCAGUUGCCACAGCUGAUCCAGGCUCUAAUCGCCGGUGACAAUGUUGCGCUUUCCAACAUUACCAAUGCCAACUCCGAUAUUAUUAGCGCCGCCGGUGAGGGUCUACGUCAGGCGAAAGUGCUGUCAUUCCGCUACGUGUGGAUGAGUGCAGGUUUCUUCUCACUUGCUGCCGCGAUUGGUGAGUCCACUUCUCUCUGA